CGCCCCGCCGCUCCCUCCCGCGCCCCGAUGGUGGCGGCGGCGCCAUGAGCCGCCCGUCCUCCGCCGGCCCCGGCGCUAGCAAGCCCUGCGGCAAGCAGCAGCAGCACGCCCCGUCCCCCGCCGGGCCCGCCGCCGUCCUGCCCGGCCCCGGCGGGGCUUCCCCGCCGCCUCCCCCGCCGCCGCCGCCUCCCCCGCCGCAGCAGCAGCAGCAGCAUCACGAACUGACCUCGCUCUUCGAGUGCCCCGUCUGCUUCGACUAUGUGCUGCCGCCCAUCCUGCAGUGCCAGGCCGGGCACCUGGUCUGCAACCAAUGCCGGCAGAAGCUGAGCCUCUGCCCCACUUGCCGGGGCUCCCUCACCCCCAGCAUCAGGAACCUGGCCAUGGAGAAGGUGGCCUCGGCCGUGCUCUUUCCCUGCAAGUACGCCACCACGGGCUGCUCCCUGACACUCCACCACACAGAAAAGCCAGAACACGAAGACAUCUGCGAGUAUCGUCCCUACUCCUGCCCAUGCCCCGGUGCCUCCUGCAAGUGGCAGGGGUCCCUGGAAGCCGUGAUGUCCCACCUCAUGCACGCCCACAAGAGCAUUACCACCCUCCAGGGAGAAGACAUCGUUUUCCUGGCCACGGACAUUAACCUCCCGGGGGCGGUUGACUGGGUGAUGAUGCAGUCGUGCUUUGGCCACCACUUCAUGCUGGUGCUGGAGAAACAAGAGAAGUACGAAGGUCACCAGCAGUUCUUUGCCAUCGUGCUGCUCAUCGGCACCCGCAAGCAGGCGGAGAACUUUGCCUACAGACUGGAGCUGAACGGCAACCGGCGCCGGCUGACCUGGGAGGCCACGCCGCGCUCCAUCCACGACGGGGUGUCGGCCGCCAUCCGCAACAGCGACUGCCUGGCCUUCGACACCACCAUCGCGCACCUCUUCGCCGACAACGGCAACCUGGGCAUCAACGUCACCAUCUCCACCUGCUGCCCCUGACCCCCCGGCCAGCCCCAGCUCACCUCUCCCGUCUCCUUUCUGUUCUGGUUUUGUCAACGACGCUCAACUAAGUCACCACCUGUGCUGAGGUUCCUAACUCGCCAACGUUUUGAACUUCGGAGAGAAGAGGAACAAGAGUGUCCUGUAAGUGGUAUGAGUGGGAAAAGGUUUUUUUUUAAUUCUUGGGUGCCUUAGGAACAUUCCCCACACGCAGUCACCUUUUUUUUUUUAAUUUAAUUGUAUUUUAUUUAAAGAGUGCUUCCAUUAGACACGUGUCUUAAGAGACUUGAAGAACUGCAUUCCUGUUCGGAGCGUGCCUAAAAGCCCUUUCAGCAGGAACACGGACUUGCUCUCUCACUGCUGAACUAUAACGGUUUUAGUAGGUGGGAAAGAAAUCCAAGCAGCCUCUCACAGGAGAAGUUGUGGCUCAAAGGGGAACAAUAGGUACUUCAGGUUGCUACCCUGUUUCCUGAUACCUUAUUAAAAAGGGAUGGGCACUGGAUCAUGUGCUGUGUUUUUAAAAGCAAAAAGGGGGAGGGGCUGGAGUAAAGCCUGGCAGGGUUCACAGAGUGUGGGAAUUGCCACCUCCCAUCCCUUCUGAGGGGAUCAGUGAGCCCAGCUCCCAGCACAGCCGGUACUGGUGGAGGCAGGAGGCACAUCCAAUGUAUCUCAAACAGCUAGAGCCAAUAAUAAAUAUAUUCAAGCUGUCCACAUGCAGCUUCCCUCAGAGACCUACUUGACUAUUGAUUAUUGUAAAAGACUAAUAAUAUAGCAAGAGCUUUAUGGUCAGUGUCAUGACAUUGCUAUUUAAGUUUUGUUGCCAUAUUUACUUUUAUUUUGUAAUAAAUAUUUUGCAAAAACUA